UUCCUCUCUCCCGUCCUUCCUCCUCCCUUCUCCUCUUUCUCCUCUGCUGCUCCUCGGCGCUGGUUCACACCAUUCAGCUCAAAGCCAAAGAGUCUCCCUGCCCCUUUCAUUCAAUCCAACAGACACAUUUCUCCACCAGGAAGUUUUUCCUCAGACCUAAAGGUCACGUUUCUGGAGUUCUGUGGAAGAUCUAAAACUUCCGCCUGGAGUCAUGGCUCAAAGCCACCAACAGGAUCUACAGAGAAACCAAAGCGGUCUUCAACAAAUCAGUGCCAGGAUCCAGGCCCGGACAAUGCUCGCCAAAAAGAGAGUGGAGAACAUUAAGAAGAACGACGUGAAGGGAUUCUUCAUCAGAAAUGCUUUUGUUAUUCUGACUAUUGCUGCUGUAAUCAUAGGGAUAAUCCUGGGAUUUGCCCUGCGCCCUUACAAAAUGUCUUAUCGUGACAUGAAGUUCUUCUCUUUCCCUGGAGAGCUGCUGAUGAGAAUGCUCCAGAUGCUGGUUCUGCCUUUGCUUGUUUCCAGUCUUAUCACAGGUAUGGCUGCUCUGGACAGCCGUGCCUCUGGUAAAAUGGGCAUGAGAGCGGUGAUCUACUACACCACCACAACCGUCAUUGCUGUGUUCAUUGGCAUUGUCAUGGUGCUCAUUAUCCACCCUGGAAAAGGAUCCAAGGCCGAAUUUUCCAAGAAGCCACCGAUCGAGCAGGUCAGCGCUGCGGAUGCUUUUCUGGACCUGAUCAGAAACAUGUUUCCUCCUAAUCUUGUGGAGGCCUGCACAAAACAGUUCAAGACGCAGUAUGGCAAGAGGAUAGUCCAUGUGACAGUUACAGUGAAUGACUCAAUAUUCACCCUCAAUGGUAGCCAGCAGAUCGCUCAAGAAGAAAUGAUCCCCAUGCCGGGAUCCGUGAAUGGGAUCAAUGCCCUGGGCUUGGUUGUGUUCUCCAUGUGCUUCGGUCUGAUCAUAGGGAAAAUGAAGGAACAGGGACAACCUCUAAGAGACUUCUUUGACAGCCUCAAUGAAGCCAUCAUGAGGCUGGUUGCUAUAAUAAUGUGGUAUGCCCCUGUUGGCAUCCUGUUCCUUAUUGCUGGUAAGAUUGUGGAGAUGGAGGACAUUUCAGCGAUGGGUGGUCAACUGGGAAUGUAUACAGUGACAGUUAUCAGUGGCUUGCUUAUCCAUGCUAUCUUAGUCCUCCCAACACUUUAUUUCAUUAUCACACGAAAGAACCCCUUUGGGUUCAUUGCUGGGCUGCUACAGGCUCUUAUAACUGCGCUUGGAACAUCGUCAAGUUCUGCCACAUUGCCCAUCACCUUUAAAUGCCUGGAGGAAAACAACAAGGUGGACAAGCGUGUGACACGCUUUGUGCUCCCUGUUGGUGCCACCAUAAACAUGGAUGGCACAGCAUUAUAUGAAGCUCUGGCUGCCAUCUUUAUCGCUCAGGUCAAUGACUACAGCCUCAACUUUGGACAAAUUCUCACUAUCAGUAUUACAGCCACAGCUGCCAGCAUUGGAGCGGCAGGAAUACCUCAGGCAGGACUGGUGACUAUGAUGAUCGUGCUAACGUCUGUAGGUUUGCCCACUGAUGACAUUUCACUGAUCAUUGCUGUCGACUGGUUCCUAGACCGAUUGCGGACCACCACCAACGUGCUGGGAGACUCCAUCGGCGCAGGAAUCGUUGAGCACUUGUCUCGCCACGAGUUGCAAAAGAAGGACCCUGAAGUUGGCAACUCGGUGGUGGUGGAGGAGGCCGACAAGAAGCCGUACAAGAUCAUCUUCCAAGAGAAUGAGUGUGAGAAUGAGAGGCUCACAGACAGUGAGACCAAGAUGUAAAGAAAGGUUUACUGCUCAUUUUUCUUAAAAUAUUCAAUUGCAUUGUGAUGAACCAAAAUCUUGAUUUUAUUUUUAUCAUCUCAGUUUGGGAUUUAGACUCCAAACUUGAGUUUAACCUGUGUACUGUCCCUUCAUUUUUUAUACCUACAUGUCAAGAGGUGUUUAAUUCUUAUAGAAUGGCAGCUGUUUACUAUUAUAAAUGAAUUACAAAGUCCAGUGGUCAGUAGCUUGCAUUCCAAAUCCAGCUUGUUCAAUUGUGAUAACUAAAUAUGCCCACACGAGGCCAGUAUUGCUUUGACUUUAAACAACUCAUGGGAACCUUUUUUUGUGUGUUUGUUCUUUUUUCUGGCUUGUUUUUGAUCUAAAACAAGUUUUAUAUGGCAACAAUUAAGUUUUACUAUUUGCAAAUCCAAUUGGAUUUUACAUAUUGAACACACAAACAACUGUUUGGCCAAUGCUGAGGAAGAAGUCCCAAUUAUAGAGGUUUAUUUGAUUAUUUGUGGCUUUAAUUUCAGCAAUUUUAUGUACACAUACCAUUUAAUUUCUUUGGUCACAUUUAAAGUUUUUCUCUUAAAUGGUUUAAAACUGUUGGGGUUGUUUCUGGGAAAACAAAACUGACAGAAUAUAUAAUUUAGCAGUGAAAAACCAAACAAACCACGCCAAAUAUUUUUAUACUUUGUAAAUAAUUUCAAAAUUUGACACAGUUUUAACUAAAAAUAGGAACUAUUUGAAAAUCAACCAAAAACAUUCAUGGUUCAACAGAUUUCUCCAAGAUUUAAAAAAUAAAAAGGGGCAGCAUGUUUCUGAGAUAAAUAUUUGUAAUUUCAACAUUUACUUCUUAUUCAACUAUACAUUUUUAAUCACAAUUUAGAGUUGUUUUAGUACAAUUUUAGACUUGAUGGUUCACUAAAAUUAAAAUCUUUUGAAAAAACUAAAAACCAGAUUAAAACCUGUUUAAUUAUUGCCUCACUAUUUAGCAUUGUACCUUCACCCUUUAGCUCAUUAAUGUGAAAAUUGUGUCUUGAAAGUAAUAAUGAAACAAUCCUUACAUUGUUUUUGACUUUGAUAUAUAAAAGCAAAAAUAUUACAACUGUUUUCUAUUAGAGGAAUAAAUAAUUAUGUUACUAUAAAUUUUUAACAUCUGUUUUGUUUUUUAAAUUCACAAAAACAUGUUUUUUUAGUUGUAUAGAUGGUUCAUUUAAACUUGUAGAAUUUGUAUAGAGAGAUGUAGAUCAAUUCAAAAACUGUUGUAGAAUAAAAGUUAAAACAUUGUAUAGUUUAAGAUACAAUCGCUUUACUAUAAUGAUGUAAUGAUAAAACUAAUCCUUACAAAUGUGAACUCUGAUUGAUGGGACCAAAUCUCCCUUAGUUAGAAACUAAACGUUUGUGUUCUCAGCUUUUGGACUCCUCUUGAUACACACAAACACGGACACAGACACAUGCACAGUGUGUGGAGCAAGUAAAAUGACUUUACCAAAAAUAAAAAAAGAUUACUACUUAAUGUUAGUGUUCCAUCGGGGUUGAGUCCACACAGUUGAGAGAGAGAAAAUGCACACACAGAAAAAUGAAGAAAACUAUAAAUGGAUGUAUAUAAGUUUAUCUUGCAUGUAUGUUUUUUUUUAAUAAAAGUGGCGAAACAA